AUGUCAAGAGAGGCGUCACCAACUCCACCACCAUAUACCUCAAUAGAAUCAGGCAAGCAAUACGGGCUUCCCUCGCCACUUCCAUCGCCGAAUGGUCAACAAUCUAGACGGAAUUCAGAUGAGCUGAAACGCAAGAGGCUCGAUAUAGAGCAUGGGACUGUCGACGCUCUACAGGAUGGAUCUGUUUGGGGUAAUGUAACGAGGGCUAUGGAUACUCCCGCUGGAACUAUGAUGAUUUAUUUCGUGUGUAAUCUGACGAUAACGCUGUGUAUGUAUUCGUGGCAUUGGACAUUGUUUGUGUUUUGUUGUUACGUCGAUAGAAGUCCUUCUGCAUGUGGAGAUUGUCAUUUAUCUCAUUCUCUUACUCUUGGACUGUAUCCUAACGCCCCACCCAACACAGAUUCCAAAAUCAUCAUGAAACUAUUCAGAUUCAACUUUCCCUGGAUCCUCACAUCAUCACACGCACUUGCAUCAGCUAUAGGCUCCGCAGUCCUAAUCCACGGCUUCAAAGUCCUCUCCCCAACAUCCAUAACAAACAGACGAGAAUACAUGACCUUGCUCCUCUUCUCGCUUCUCUACACUGUAAAUAUCGCCAUAUCGAACGUAUCGCUUAGCAUGGUAUCCCUGCCCUUCCACCAGAUAGUAAGGUCGACAAACCCGGCAUUCACAAUCAUCAUGGAGUAUGUAUUUAUGAGAAAGCAACAUGUGGCCAUUACAUAUAUGAGUCUGAUACCGGUUAUACUGGGGGUCGCGCUCGCCACAUAUGGCGAGUACGAGAUCAAGACGUGGAUGGGCGUCGUGCUUACCUUCCUCGGUGUGCUGCUGUCGGCGUUUAAAGGCCUCGUCACGAAUAUCCUACUGGUGGGAUCUCUCAACGUGCAGCCGAUAGAGCUCUUAUACAGGAUGUCGACGCUCGCAUUCAUGCAGUCUGUGGCAAUGGCGUACGUGUCUGGUGAAGUCGCGGGAUAUAGGAUAUAUGUGCAGACACUGCUGCAAAAGGCAACGUAUGCUGAACAGAUGGGAGGCACGUCAAAGGAAUUGUCAUUGUCGUCGCUCUAUCUCGCAUUGUUUUUCAAUGCGGUGCUGGCAUUCGUAUUGAAUAUCGCUAGCUUCUCGGCCAAUAAAAAGACAUCGGCGCUCAGUAUGACAGUUGCUGGGAAUGUCAAGCAGGUGCUGAGUGUGUUUUUGUCGGUUUGGAUUUUUGGGUAUGUGAUUACGGUGCCGAAUGGUCUAGGAAUCCUCGUAACGCUAGCUGGAGGAUUAUUAUAUAGCUCGAUAGUGCAUCUAAAAAAUAAGGGAAAGUCUACCAAGAGUCAGAUACUGAAACUCUGA